GAGCCUUCUCCUCGGUGUCGGAUUGAAUAGGCUCAUCCAUUGCUCCGGUGUCUACAUGACAGCCGUUUAGGAUUGCACAUACAGUCAACAGCAAGGAACACCAUGGCGAGAAACCGUGAAGACAGAGACAGCUGGGGGUCCUUCACAGACAAAGCCACCUACGACUGGAGCUCAGAGGAGGAGGAGCCUGAUGGAAGUGCGCGGCCCAUCCAGGUGCUGGUUGUCAAGGACGACCACACCUUCGAGUUGGACGAGGCAGCGCUGAGCCGAAUCCUAUUGGCCGAAGAGGUCCAGAACAGGGAAGUAGUGGCCAUAUCUGUGGCUGGGGCGUUCCGCAAGGGCAAGUCAUUCCUCAUGGACUUCAUGCUGCGUUACAUGUACAGCCAGGCAUCUGAAGAGUGGCUGGGGGAGGCAGAGGAGCCUCUGACUGGGUUCUCCUGGAGGGGUGGAUCUGAGAGAGAGACCACAGGGAUUCAGAUCUGGAGCGAAGUCUUUCUGGUGGACAAGCCAGAUGGACGCAAGGUGGCUGUUCUACUGAUGGAUACUCAGGGCACGUUCGACAGCCAGUCGACGUUGAGGGAUUCAGCCACCGUGUUCGCACUGAGCACCAUGAUCAGCUCCAUGCAGGUGUACAACAUCUCCCAGAAUGUCCAGGAGGAUGAUCUUCAACACUUGCAGCUGUUCACUGAGUAUGGUAGACUGGCCAUGGAGGAGACGUUCCUCAAGCCAUUCCAGUCCAUGAUAUUCCUAGUCCGGGAUUGGAGUUUCCCUUACGAGUUUGGCUAUGGACAGGAAGGAGGCAUGAAGUUCCUGGAGAAGAGGCUCAAGAUCUCUGAGAACCAGCAUGAGGAGCUGCAGAAUGUUCGUAAACACAUCCACUCCUGCUUCACCAACAUCUCCUGCUUCCUGAUGCCCCACCCCGGACUCAAAGUGGCCACCAACCCCAACUUCGACGGCAGACUCAAAGAGAUCGACCGUGAGUUCAUCAACAACCUGCAGGUGCUGGUCCCGUGGCUGCUGAGUCCCAGGAACCUGGAUGUCAAGGAGAUCAACGGCAGCAACAUCACCUGCAGAGGCCUGCUGGAGUACUUCAAGGCAUACAUCAAAAUCUACCAGGGUGAGGAGCUGCCACACCCUAAGUCCAUGCUGCAGGCCACAGCAGAGGCCAACAACCUGGCAGCAGUGGCAGCAGCCAGGGACCUGUACAACAGGAAGAUGGAGCAGGUGUGUGGUGGGGACCGGCCCUUCCUGGCCCCGGCAGAGCUCCAGGCCAGACAGAGUGACAUCAGAGAGGAAGCCCUACAGGUGUUCCGUGGGGUCAAGAAGAUGGGAGGGGAGGAGUUCAGCCGACGGUACCUGCUACAGCUGGAGGGAGAAGUGGACGAGGUGUUCGUUCAAUACAUCAAGCACAACGACUCCAAGAACAUCUUCCACGCCGCCCGCACCCCGGCCACGCUGUUCGUGGUCAUCUUCAGCAUGUACGUGGUGGCGGGCAUCACGGGCUUCGUGGGGGUUGACAUCAUCGCCAGCGUGUGUAAUAUGAUUCUGGGCCUGGCGUUGAUCACCCUGUGUACCUGGGCCUACAUACGCUACUCUGGGGAGUACCGAGAGCUGGGUCAGGUCAUCGACCAGGUGGCUGGAGCCCUCUGGGACCAGGGAAGCACAAAUGAGGCUCUAUAUAAGCUGUAUACUGCUGCAGCCAGUCACAGGCACCUGUACCACCAUGCGUUCCCUGGCCCCCAGGCCCCUGGAGAGACGAGCGAUACCCACGAGGAACCCACCAGGAAGAGGAACUGACAUGGCGACCUGAUAGGCCAGAGCACAGCAGGGACUGCUGGGAAUCUUUUCAGUAGCAUGAUGGAUAGAGGAGGGGAGGAGAAGCAGGAAUGAGGAGGGAGGCAUCCUCACCCGUUGGGACACUCUUUUACUAUGGUAUUGGCCGGAACAUUCCAGCGACGCGUUCACUAUUUUAAAUCUAUAUGUGAACAAAUGUAAUGUCCCAGAGGUAGUGGCAUAAUCUCCCUUUGAACUGGGUUGCUUGGCCUGUUGCCUUCAAAUAAUGGGUAUUUCACAUAUCAUUGUCUUUCACAAACCACAUUCAACCUCUUCUAUCUGUUUGUAAGAAAAGACAUUGAUAAAUAACACGCAGAACAGCAGGAAAGGAGGAGUACAGAUCACACUCCACAUGCAAAUUCCUAUCAGCAGUUUGUCUGGACGGAGGUGCAGUAAGUUACAGUUAACCUCUGAAUUCAUUGUGUUACGUGAGAUCGCAUGGCGGCCGUCAGCACUGACAGGUCAUCAUCAUCACCAUCGCUUUAGAAUGUUAUCUGUCCGGAAACGGCAAUGCUUCGGAUUUUAUGAAUGGAAGAUGCCAUUGAGGAGAAGUUUAAAUCAAAUUGACCUCUGACCUAUAAACAGAAUGGCGGUCCAUGUAUAUUGAUUAUCAGGUUAAGUGCUGCUUCUCUAAAAGGAAAUUAUUCCAUGUUUGAAAGCCAAUGGUUUUGCCCCCAAAUGGCUCCCUCUUCCUUAUAUAGUUCACUACUGUUUCUUUUACCAGGGCCCAUAGUGCUCUGGUUAAAGGUCAUUGUAUUUUACUAGGCAAGUCAGUUAAGAACAAAUUAUUUUUAACAAUGACUGUCUACCCCAUGGCCAAACCCUAACGACACUGGGCCAAUUGUGUGCCGCCACUAUGGGACUCACGGCCGGUUGUGAUACAGUCUGGAAUCGAACCAGGGACUGUAGUGACGCCCCUAGCACUGAGAUGCAGUGCCUUAGACCACUGUGCUACUCAGGAGCCCAAUGUGCUCUAUAGGGAAUAGGAUGUCAUUGGGGACACGUGCAAAGUCUUUGUUUAAAUAUACCUAUUUUUUGUCAGCAUGGUAAAUCAUCAGUGUCUACCAUUUUAGAUUCUCCAAGCUUAUCUUCAGUGCGCUGUAUUUCUUGACAUUUCACAUGUUUUUAUUGCUUGACCUUUGACCUGGCACUUGGGUUGUUUUUUUGUAAUAUAGGUACUGCGUAGCCAUGUCAUGCAACUACAGUUUCGUAUAGCUACGACAGCACUCACACGUCUCGCUGCAUAAUGAUGCCACGUGUUGAUCAGAACGCAAUCAUCCACUGUCUAUGGUCUAUAAAACAUACCCCCUCAUACAUGUUUUGGUUUGGGGAGGUGGGACCCUAUAUUCAGACUUGCGAUAAAUUGACUUAAAAAAAAACUUAAAAAAUAUGCUGAUUUAAGUCCAUGUUCUCUGAAUCGGGCCGAUAUAGUCUAUGGUGUCUCUAUGGUCACACAUUUAGCCUGGAACAGAAUUGACUACCGGGGAUGAGAUUAAGGGUAAGUCACUGGAUAGUUUAGUAGACAUUGUAGACAACCUCCCUAGAACCAUAGUUAAACAUUCUCAGAACCUCCCUGGAACCAUAGUUAAACAUUCUCAGAACCUCCCUGGAACCAUAGUUAAACAUUCUCAGAACCUCCCUGGAACC